AUGCGGUUACUAAUCCUGUUAAUUCUGGCCCUGGCGGCUGCCGGGGCCGCCCGACGAUUACCCGAACGAACGAAGCUGGUCGGAAGGAAUGUGGAGGAGGUAGCCCUCCAGCGAGCCAGACGUUCUUGCCCUUGCGCCGCGCUGACGCGCUCGCGUUGUGUGUGUCGGCCGACCGAUCCGACGAACGUCGUCUCGCCGGCACAGACGUGUACCUGUACAGCACCAACUCUGGCCGAUGAGCUCGAGUGUCCGUGCGCGGCGCAGGCGGUACGCAGCGAGCCUGUAGACGUGGUCAUCAAUCAACAGUCCGACCCGCGGAAGUGCAGUCCGGUCUGUGCUGAUGCGUGUACAGCAUCGUGCACCUCACAGAAGUCGCCGGCUCCCGACUGUCACUCAAUGUGCGUAGCGACGUGCGAGCCGUCGUGUCUUCGACGUUUGGCGAAUUGCGAGGGGCCUUAUGGAUGUAAUCGAGCAGCCCAGAUUGAGGUCACCUUCGAGCACCGCUCCUUCGCCAAGGAGAACCCAAGCCCGAUUCUGAUGCCAUAUCAGGGCAACUGCGCCCCGGAAUGCCAGCCCGGUUGCGAGCCCUCCUGCGUGAAUACGCUGGAAAUCUCGUUCCGCCCCAAGUUGACGAGCUGUGCGCCGGCUUGCCAACCGGCAUGUCUGCCGGAUUGUGUUCAUACAUAUGAUCAGGUGACGCGCGACUUCACGACGCAGCCACCUCUGAAGCAGAGUUGCCCAGUCGAAGCUUGUGGCCCAAAUUGCCACGCGAGCUGCUUGAAAACGUUCGACUUUCUGCUUUCGGUGCAGCAAUCAGCCAUUUCGACAACCACCACCACCCAGGCCCCGCCAACCAGCCAGCUGUACUGCACCUCGAUGUGUCAGCCAAGCUGUGAGGCGACGUGCAUCGUCAAUUCCUUCGGGCUUCAAUUCCCGACAACUCAAGGAGCUCAGCCCACUGGAACUACGCUGGGCGACCGGAUGGUGACGUUCAGCUUGUCGAUACCGACCACUACACGCCCGUGCCCUUCGAACUGCCGGCCCGGAUGCCUGUCGAGUUGCAUUGAUGGUAUCAUCCUGCACGUGACCAUCCCCGUCCCGAGGUGUAUCCCGGAAUGUAGGCCCAGCUGCUCGAGCCAAUGCAUUAGUCAGGCCGUCGUCUCCAACCCCGAGCAACGGACUUGUGCCUCGGCUUGCAUGCCGGGUUGUGACCCGCUGUGCGUCGACAUCCAGAUUACGUCUCUACUUCCGGUCCGACCACAAUGCGCCCCGAUCUGUCAGCCGGCUUGCCAGGCGGAUUGUGUACAAAGGAAUCCAAUGAAUGUGAUCUCGAUCCCCACCCGUCAGCAGGGCUGUGCGAAGAAUUGCCAGCCGGCCUGUCUGGACAGCUGCACGCGCGACUAUCAGUUUGAGAUAACCGUUCCGCAGGCCGAUGAGCGCUGCAUGCUGCCAUGUGAGCAGGGCUGCGCGACGAACUGUGUCCAGCGUGGGGUGGCAACCCAAAAUGACUGCAUGCGCAGUUGCUCGGGCUUCUGCAACACGCAGUGCACGGACAGUCGCACGUGCCCGCAGUGCCAGAAUCAGGAGCUAAAGAUCGAAAUCACACUCGACGAGCCGAUGGCCGAAAACGCCAGUUGUGAAAACGAAUGUGCGCAGGAGUGUGUGCGACAAUGCCGUAGCCAGCGCGGAACCGAAGCGCAAUGCGCGCCCAUUUGCGCCAAGACGUGCAAGGAUCGAUGCCCGUUAGAGGUACGCCCCUGUCGCCAAAAGCGCUCCGGGGUCUGCAAAUGCGCCAAGGGGUUCUCGAGCUGCGGCGAGAAGCAGUGCUGCCGGAAGAGGAGACGA